CCUGCCUGCCCCAAAACAAACGUCAUAUUCACGCGACAGCAGUUACGUUCUUUACUGUGAAUGGUAAAGUCACUUGAUCAAACCUUAACUCUUAACUCGUAGGUAUGUCUACUUCUAUGAAUUUUAGCACGAAGAGUUUUAGACCUCGGCCUCCGGAUAAAGGAGCGUUUCCUCUGGAUCAUUUAGGAGAGUGUAAAGCCUUCAAGGAGGUGUUUAUGAAAUGCCUGAGAGACAACAGCUUUGAUAACUCCAAGUGCCGCCUGCAGUCCAAGGACUACCUGGAAUGCCGGAUGGACCAUCAGCUGAUGGCCAGAGAACCUCUGGACAAACUGGGAUUCAAAGAACUGAUGGACCGUCCUCCCAGCCAAGCAGAGAAAGAGUCUAAACCCUGACUUGCCACAGCACAGCUGCUGUUUCAAACACACAUAGAUGAUGUUUCUCUGGAUGCCACAUAUUCAACAUGGGUCCUAAACAAGGAUAUUGCCAUUGAGUGUGAAGUGGAGGAGAAUGGCUGCAAAGAGCACGAGUGAAUGCAGGCCUGCAAGUGGACUAUGUGACUAGCACUGUGGCCUUAGUUCCAGUGUACAAACUAAUUUUAUCAACCACUUGUGUACAUAGGAUAAAAAUGUGUGAUAUCUUAGGAUGCUAUUUGGGCAUGUCAGUAAAUGUUGUAUAUUUAAACUAAACUGUGUGUAAAUCGACUCGCUGUUCAGGUAUUACAGUGCGGACAUUGUGUAGAAAACAGUUCAUUGAUUUGAAGCAUUUAUUACAGUCAGUGUGGCCACAUCUGGCUAAUUCUUGGUGUUGAAUUAAAAACAGACUUGACAUGAACAUUCAGUUUUCAUAACCAUCAGGACUUCCUUGAUACAAGUGUGAUGUAAUGAGGCUUUCUAAUCUACUUUGGCCAUAACUUCAUCACGACUUGAACAUUUGAGGUAAAAAUGAAUAUAGAAAAUGCAUGUAUGUAAUGGACUACAGCAGGUUUAGUGAACACAGUCCUUAGAUGUGCAGGUUGACAUUCAAGGGCAUUCUACCUGGGAUGUGGGUGGGCAGCAAAAACCUAGCUAUGUUCCCUGCACCUCUUGAGAUUCCCAUUAACUGUAUAUACUUUAGCAUUUUGUUUUGAAUUCAGUCCAAACCUCAACACAGUACCAUUUGUUACAUCAUAUUCAGAUUGGUAACCUACGUACUGUAUCUGUAGUUAAUCAAAGACUAGAGUGGCAAAGCUCUGACUUCCCAGAUGAAAAAGUUGGUAUGAAGGAAACACGGGUCAUUACUCAUUUUAGAGAAAGAGCAACACAGUGUCUUUGUGGCUGGUCCGUCCCUGUUAUUAACAUAAAAGAGGUUUAAGUAGAUGUGCUGAAUGUGUUUAAUCACUGACAGACAAAUGUGCCUAACAUGGCUGUUCAAAUCUAUUGUCAAGUGCGAAGUGCACACUCAACCAGCUGUACAGAGGGACACAUGCACAGAGGUCUGUCCUCACAACUUUCACUCCCAAAAUGAUAAAACAUCUAGAUCAGAAGACCUCUGUACUGAGAGUGGUAAUUACAGCUUUGUUUAAGCAGUCGCAUACAGCUAACUAGUGUUUUAUCUAACAUUUGUGUAGCUGCCUUUGUUAUCAUGAUUUACUCUCAGCUGUGAUGCUGGAGUCACAAACUCUGUUAAUUCUGUCAUUUGAUGAGGUGGCAGAAUAACUGUAUGACCUAAGCACUGUUUUAUUGUUUUACAUCUAACUUGUGACAGCUCUCAGGAAUCACUGUUAAUACUGGAAAUUUACUGGCACAGCGACUAAAACCAAUCACGUA